CGCGUCUCCCCAGAACCUUGAUUGAUCUCGAAAUCCUGGCGAAAACUUGGUUUGGGUCAGUUGUCCAACUCAACACUGUCCAACUCAUCUCCAAACGCCAGGCUGGUCCAAUUGAAGCUACCAAAAUCACCACCAUGUCAUAUUACGAUAUCGAUGCGAUCCUGACUGACGCAGAGAAAAUUCCUUGUACCUUUCAAAUCGACGUCCCCGACCUUGGCUAUCUCGACAACCAACCGGGGCACACCCUUAAGUCCGGCUCGCGCGUCGCUCUCCCCAUCUGGCUGGCUGAAAUGCUCGCCAUCGCUAAUACGGGCGCCGUCGACAUGGACGACCCAUCACAGUCCAGCAAAUCCUUCAUCACCUUCGACCUGCCCCCGGCACUGGGUAACGACGUUGUCCAAGCUUUGAAAGCCGACCCGCGCUCCGUGCCGCUGCGCGAUCAGAGCGCCCACUUCUACGCCCUCGCCACGCACAUGAUGGAGUUGUCAGAGGAGCCGGAGCUGAGCGCAGUGUUAAGGAAAACGUUUGUCUCGAGGGCGGCGGAGAUUGCGUUGCAUGCUAGGAAGGUGGGUGGGGGCGGAAGUUCGUAUCAUGGUCGAGAUGGCGGAGGAGCCGGAGGAAAGGGCAAGGGGAAGGCGACGAAGGACGAUAAUGCCAGCAAUUUGGGCGUGGGAGGCGCUGGUGAGGACUUUUUGAGAGGGUUGGAUGAGUGGGAGAGGAAGCUGUUUAGGAGUGCACAUGAUGGGACGAAGGCGAGCAAGGAGUGGAUGGAGAAUGUCAAGAAGAGGUGAGUGGAGUGGUACUGUUGGAGCGUUGUUGCUACCGCUGGCGCCCGAUCGGUCUUUACCUCGCAACGAACCAGCGCUUCGGUUCAAGCAUCCUCCAUGAUUCUCGGACUGCGCUCGAUGCAGUAUAUAACAACAGGCCACCGGCGACCUCCCAAGUUCAUUUACCAUGACGAAGCUGUGGAUCAGUCAUUAUCACGGCUCGAGAGCAUCGGGAUACCACGAAGGAGACAGGAUUCUUGGGGGUUUAGUUGUGUCACCCUCCCCUGGAAGUAUGGCGGACUUGGACUGCUAUCGCCGGAUGAGUAUCCUACGCAUCGCUGAUCUUCACAGAGUUGUGCUGUCAGCGGCACAGCAGACCAUCUGGCCUAAUAAUGAGGAAGACUCAUGAGAUAUUAAGAGGACAUGAGGUUCGGCACUCUCUGUUAACUCGGACUUCGUCAAUUGGUGGGUGACUAGCGAGCGACAUCGGAUCCUUCAUUUGGGUAUACCACUAUUUCGUCCAUCACGGUCUAUGGAAUAUUUAACAAGAUAGCCGAAGCUCAAAUUGGCUUGGCCGACGACUAGCCACCACCCUCACCCGCGGGACACUCUGGAGCGAUCAACAUGCCUCUCCUCCUUCUUAGACUCAGUUGCAGCAGACAUGGCCCUUCUCACACGCCUCUUCUCCCGAUUUUUCCUCCUCUCCUCACGGCUCAGCCUAUUCUCCCCGUCCUUUUUGGCACGGCGGUUGAGACUCAUAAGCAUACCAACCUCGCCGUCAACCUCGUCAACAUCUUCAGGCUCGACAGACACAGGCACAGGUUCAGAACGGCCAAAGAUCUUGCUCAAAAGACUACCCAGUCCGAGCCCCUGUCCCUUUUCUGUUGCUGCAUCCGGGUGGGAAGAGCCGGUGGGCACAGUGCCGUUGGAUGCGGCAGCGGGAAGGACAGUACUAUUCGAGCUGCGGCCAGCGAGAGGACCAGGGAUGGUGGGCGUGUUGUGGUGAUUGAAGAUCUUGUGAAGGAGAUCGCCAAGUCCAAGGGAUCCGUGGUCUCCUUUGGUUGCCGCGUCUGGAUGGGAGGCACCGCCAAGGAUAGUGCCGUUGGAAACACCAGCAGGGGUUACGGUGCUAUUUGAGGCCCGGAUAUUGAGAGUAAUGGCGGUGGACGUAUCAUGGCGGCCGAAGAGGUUAUGCAACAGACCACCUAGGCCAAGCCCCCCUUCCUUUUUGUCCGUCGAGUCAGGAUGGGAGGAGCCAACAGUGCCAUUGGAAGCCGGAGCGGAAGCAGGAGCGGUGAAGUUCGAGCUGCGGGCUUUGAGAACCGCGCUACCGGAUGGCGCAUCUUCUGUGAUGAGGGAGGGGGUCGUCAGUGCUUAGAGCUUCCGGUAUCUUGAGCUUGGUACUCGAGACUUACUCAGCGAUCGCAAGGUGUAAAGGAGAUCUUCAACAUGAAAGGCAGAGACUAUGUUGCAGGCAAGGAGAAUGGUAAUAGUGAAGUUGGCGAAGAAGCGGAGAGAGAGCGGAUGACGCAUGGCUCCUGAUUGGGCUUGUACUCGCAGAAACAGGUGAGUCUAGCAAGCGAGGGCCGAUGCGGAGAUGGGUGUAUGCUACGCCUAGAAAGAAAAUAACAGCGGUCGGAAACCAGCCCGAGAGAGAACGAAUGAAAGAAUAAGAGAAGUUGAGAAAGACGACAAUGACAAGUACAACAUCAAUGACGAUUAUAAGUUAUUG